UAAGAUCUGAAAGUAUACUGGAUAAUUAUUUGAUCAAAUGGAAGUUUUGAUGAAAAAUUUAUUGUUUAAAAUAGACAAAUUAUUUAUGUGUUUAUCUUAUUUGACGAUUUGAAACAAAGGAUUUAUAAACUACUAUAUAUUUUCAUUAAUUUAAUAAUAAAAUGAAUGAUGAUAUCCUAUGCCUACGAUUUCUCAAUACAUAUGUUGCUCCUGUGAUUGUUGUCCUAGGUAUCAUUGGUAAUAUUUUGUCCAUAAUUGUCCUAAGAAGUCGGCGUAUGAAAUCCUCCGUUUCAAUCUAUUUAAUCAGUCUAUCUGUAUUUGAUAUACUGUUGUUGGCUUGCGCUAUUGUAUUAUUUCUUGAAGAUCCUUUUGCGGAUGACAUUUCCCCACCGUCACUCCCACUAUCAGUAAAUGAUUCCAUAGAUAAUAAGCAAGGAAAUAUUUCAGAAGUAAACAAUAAUGCAUAUAAACAGUUGACAGAUAAACACACAGAUGUGCAUAAUAUUACAAGUAAUAUAUCAACAGCUCAUCGUAUUUAUUCAAUACUUAAAGGUCAUUUUGUCUAUCCAAUUGCAUUAACAGCUCAAACUGCAGCCAUAUGGAUUACAGUUAGUUUAACUGUUGAACGAUAUAUUGCUGGAUGUUAUCCGCUACACGCCAACCUCUUGUCAUCUGUUCCAAAAUCUCGUCUAGUUGUCUGUUGUUGUAUGAUAUGUGCUGUUGUCUAUAAUAUUCCAAGAUGGUUUGAAGCUUCAGACAAUCAGUCUAUAAAUACUAGUGAUACACCUGUAGAGGAUAAUUCCUCGUCAAGACAACAACGCUAUGACUGGCAUGCAUUAUUUCGACUUGUUUAUUAUACAUGGGGAUAUAUACUUGUUAUGUUUUUAUUGCCGUUUAUUGCUUUACUGGUUAUGAAUAUUCGUUUAAUGUAUGCCCUGCGUAGAUCAGAUUUUGCUGUACAUAAAAAUUCUCAUCCAACACAUUAUAUUGUUGAUAAUACAGGUAAUGUUGGAGCGAGUUGUCAUCAACUGACUGUUUCUAAUACGAAUUUAUAUCCGGAAACAUUUACCACCACCACAACAACAACAAUGACACCAACGUCAAGAAAAUCGUUAUCCUUGAAACCGUUAACUUUACGCUUUCAACGAAGUGAUCAUUGCAAAUCGUGUAAAUCGCAGAGAAAUUCCCUAAAUCCAUAUGGUCCAACACGAUUAGCUGUACAAGCGGAUAAGAGUAUUACACGUAUGAUUAUUGUCGUCGUUGGUGUAUUUAUUGCAUGCCAGUUGCCAGCGCUUAUAUUUAACAUUUAUUUUGGUAUUGUAUCACCUGAAGUCCUACCAACUGGUUGGUGUGCAUUAUCAGAGAUACGGAAUUUUUUAGUUGUUGUCAAUUCCAGUGUUAAUUUUAUUGUAUAUUGUGUUAUGGGUGCAAAAUUUCGUAGAAGUUUUAUUCAUGUGAUUACACCAUGUUGGGAGAUGAAACUGACAAGUAGUCAUAAUAAUAAUAAUCAUAAUAAUAAUACACAAAAAUCUGUAGUACGACUGUUAACUUUACGAUCAGAUGUCGCUGAAGUUUAAUCGAGUCUAGUACAUUUCUUUCAGGUGAAUAUUAAAUCCAUUGUAUUUAUAGAAAUGUAUGUUUUAUGUAUAAAAAUUCAAA